UUGAGGAAGUAGACACGGAAAUGUCGUCGGGUCUGUGAGAAGUUGGCAAAUAUUUAUUUAUACUUGUAUUUUGUGUUGAUUCAAGUAAAAUGGACAGAUUCACAUGGUCAAAUGGUCUUCUGGAAAUGAAUGAAACAUUGGUGAUUCAACAACGAGGUGUCAAACUUUAUGACGGAGAAGACAAGGCCAAGUUGGAUGUUGGAAUUGCUCUGCUGAGUACGCACCAGUUAAUAUGGAGGGACCUGAAGAAUCAUGAAUGCUGCAUAGCCAUACCCCUUUCUCAGAUCAUCUACUUUGAGGAACAAGCUGCGGGUAUCGGAAAGAGUGCCAAGAUAGUGGUCCACCUGCAUGCUUCCCCGGCCAAUAAGGAGCCAGGACCCUACCAGCAGAGCAAGUUCUCCUACUUCAAACUGUCCUUCAAAGAGCAUGGACAGAUAGAGUUCUUCCGGAGGCUGACCGAGGAGUUGAGCCAGAAGAGAUGGGAGAGUACGCCCAUGUCACAACCCAUCCCUACGGCAACCAACUCACAGACAGGAAGGACGCGAGCGGUGGGGAUCGUCGGCAUCGAGAGGAAGAUAGAGGAGAGGAGGAAAGAGACAGAGAAAAAACAUCUCAGAGGUGAGAAAGGAAAUAAGAUGGAGAGAGACACAGGGUAGAAAGAGAGAGAGAGA